UUGUUCGAUUUGUCGCGACACAAUUUCGACGCGAGUUGGCCAGUUCCAUCGCUCCGUUCCAGAAGAUCCUUGCUGGAUGCUUUAGCUGCAACCAACCCGUAGUCCAGGAAAGAAGCAUCGAUAACGAUCCGAAAUGUCGCCCACAGGCAAAUAUUCAAUCCUUUUGCCCACCUACAACGAGCGCGAGAAUUUGCCCAUCAUCAUCUGGUUGAUCGUGAAAUACAUGAAAGAGGCCAAAAUCAACUACGAAGUGAUCGUCAUCGACGACGGAAGCCCGGACGGCACGCUCGAGGUAGCCAAACAGCUGCAAAAGAUCUACGGUGAAGAUCGCAUACUGCUCCGACCGCGAGCCGCCAAAUUGGGGCUCGGUACAGCCUACAUACAUGGAAUAGAGCAUGCUACCGGUGAUUACAUCAUUAUUAUGGACGCGGAUCUAAGCCACCACCCGAAAUUCAUUCCACAGUUCAUUGAACUGCAGCAGCAAGGGAAGUACGACAUCGUGUCCGGUACCCGGUAUAAGGGCGACGGCGGUGUGUACGGGUGGGACUUUAAGCGCAAGUUGAUUUCCCGUGGUGCCAACUUUCUGUCCCAGCUCCUGCUGCGACCAAACGCCUCCGAUCUGACGGGAUCAUUCCGGCUCUAUCGCAAGGAGGUGCUGAAAGAGCUGAUAUCCCGGUGCACCUCGAAGGGAUACGUCUUCCAGAUGGAGAUGAUCGUUCGGGCCCGCCAACUCCGUUAUACCAUCGGCGAGGUACCGAUAUCGUUCGUCGAUCGCGUGUACGGACAGUCAAAGCUGGGUGGAUCGGAGAUUGUACAGUUUGCCAAAAACCUGCUGUACCUCUUCGCAACAACCUAGGAACCGAUGCCGCACUUUGCCUUCGUUUGUCAUCUUUGUACGAAUUCACAUAUAAAUACGAUGCAUUUGGUAGCAUUCAA